AGACGGGGCGGCGCGGCCGCCCUUCCCCGCGCAGCCGCCUCUCUGCUGGCGGGCGCCAUGGAGGACGUCGGCUCGGGCGUGAACGCGGACGCGGAGGUGCGGAAGCUGCAGGAGCUGGUGAAGAAGCUGGAGAAGCAGAACGAGCAGCUCCGCAGCCGCCACGGCGCCCUGCCCGCCGCCCCCGCCAGCCCCAAGCGCCUCCUGGGCGGCGGGCCCUCCCCGUCGCCCCCCGCCGCCUCCCCGCCCGACGGCCGCUGCCUCAGCCCCAGGGCCGCCGCCCGGCGGCCGCCCCCCGAGGAGCCCGGCGGCGGCGCGGUCGGCGAGGAGGGCAACGGCCUCCUGGACGACGCGGCGCCGCUCAGGCCGGAGGAGCUGGAGCGGUUGGCCGGCUGCGAGGAGGACGAGACCGGCUGGUUAUAUACGUCCCCAAAGAAGAAACCAACUCCAGUGCAAAAAUGUGUCAGUCCAUUAGUUUGGUGCAGGCAGGUACUGGAUUACCCAAGUCCUGAUGUUGAAUGUGCUAAAAAGUCACUGAUCCACAGGCUGGAACAGACAAUGUCAGCUCUCAAGAGACAGAGUUUGUACAGCAGCCCUUUCAAUGCGGUCAGUUACACAAGCUCCUAUAGUCCAAAUACUAGUAGCCCCUACAGCAGUGGUUUCAACUCUCCCUCCUCAACACCAGUGAAAUCUGCUUUAGUGAAACAGCUCAUACCUCCUGGUACCUCAGGUCAUCUUAAAAGUUCAGCAGAUAGAAAUCCUCCGCUAAGUCCACAGUCCUCUCUGGACAGUGAAUUAAGUGCGUCAGAGAUGGAUGAAGACUCUAUUGGGUCUAAUUACAAGCUAAAUGAUGUUACAGAUGUGCAAAUUCUAGCACGAAUGCAGGAAGAAAGCCUCCGGCAAGAGUAUGCAGCAACUGCUUCUCGGCGUAGUUCUGGUUCUUCUUGCAAUUCUACAAGGCGAGGCACGUUCAGCGAUCAGGAGCUCGAUGCGCAGAGUUUAGAAGAUGAAGAAGAUGGCACACAUCACACAGUGCACCCUGCUGUUAAUAGGUUCUCACCAUCACCUCGCAGUUCUCCCUGGCCUUCACCAAAACAAUCUCCAAGGAAUUCACCUCGCUCCCGAUCACCUGCUCGAAGCAUAGAAUACAGUAGAGUGUCGCCCCAACCUAUGAUUAGCCGUUUACAGCAACCUCGUCUUUCGCUUCAAGGCCAUCCUACAGAUUUGCAGACUAGUAAUGUCAAAAAUGAAGAAAAACUAAGGCGUAGUCUUCCAAACCUGUCCAGGACAUCUAACAUCCAAGCUGAGUCUGUGAAAAACAGCAGAAGUGACUCAAACUUCCAAGUGCCAAAUGGAGGAAUACCUCGCAUUCAACCUCAAGCCUCAGCCACUCUGCAAAGGCAGAAAAAUUUGCCUCGUGCUGUCUUCAAAACCAAACAGUUUCUUCAAACUCCAUCUACAAAAGGAGUACCUUCUUCAAGUAAAUUCCGCUCACCUGCAGCACCGUCUCCCCUAGCUCUCCGACAACCAGUGAAAGCAUUCAGUAACCAUGGACCUGGUUCAGUUGCUUCUCCAGAAGCCACACAGCUGACACACAGUAGUUCUUCACCAGGGCCUCUUGCAGCCCAGAGUUCAGGCUUGCCAAGCCCUGCCAGCAGUAUUAACAGUACUACUCUUACCAGACCGGCAGGGACAGCAGGGAUGAGGAGUGGUUUGCCCAGACCCAGCGCCCCUUCUGCAGGGGGCAUCCCAGUGCCUCGUAGCAAACUUGCACAGCCUGUUCGCAGAUCAUUACCCACUCCCAAAACCUAUGGCAACGUGAAAGACGAGAGUUGGAAAGAUGGCUGCUACUGAACUGCAAAGCUUAAUGCAAAGUUCCAGUGCUCAUGGAUGCUUCCUCACCAGGCUAAAAGACAGCUUGAUUAUACAAACUGUUCAGAUGUGACUUUUGGGAUUUGUAAAAAUUCCAGACCUCUCUGUCUCUAAUUAGCACAAACUGGCAGAGAUUAUAAAGCAGCACUUUAAUGACAUCUAACAUCAGAUGUUUGGUGGUCAUACAAUCACUUCUACAUUAAAUUGCUAUCAGUUCUGGGGGUUUUUUCUUGCUUGCUAAAAAUGUAUCAAUAUGAGCAUUUAUGACGGUGGCCAAUGUCUGGGCAAAAACCUAACGAAUGCCAAAGAAAUGCCCAUCUUGAAAAACAGCAAGUAUAACAGUCAGCUUACAUUGUCCAAAACUUCAUUUUCAGCCUGUUUUAAUUCAGCAGAAAGAUUGGUGAAUAUGUACUAUUGAAACAAGACUACGUUAAUCAGAGCUAAUAUUCUGAUUGCAGACUGCUACAGUGCUAGUGAAACAUUGCUAUUAACAAUUGUAUGCGAUUCUCAUUGGGGAAAGUGGUACGUACCUCCUUCAGAAAGAAUCAUAAGUUACUCUGGAGGGUUAGGCAGAACAGUAAGUAGUAGCCAUGGCUUUUAUUAACAUUAAAGGUUUGAAUGUAGCAGACACACACAAAUGCAAUAGUAUAGAUUGCAUCUUUCCUAUGUUGAUUUAUCAGCUUUACAUGCUCUUACAUGUUUGAUUGCCAAAAGGGCUUAGUCUCAGUUGUACAAUCUUUCUAACCUUAAAGUUCCUGGCUCAGGAAAGAUGGCCUUCGCUAUUGUAGCCACAUUUUUAACACAUGGCUCGCUAUUUGGGGAAAACUUUUUUUAUAGCAGGUUUCCUUACAAAGGAAAGAGCAAGUCGUAAUGUUAAUUGUUCUAAUACCAUACCACUAUGCUUGCGGCCUGGAGCAACUGUAAAUGCUGAUAGUUGAGGAGAGAAGGAAACACAACUAUGCACUUGUAACAUACAAAUUUUAAGGUAAUGAGUUGACUCUUGAUGCCAAAUGAUAUUCAUUUAGGUGAUGUUCCAUGGUAUGAGGGAGUUUUCUGUAUCCUAUUUUUUUACUUUCAUCCAUUUCUUAAAUUGGUUUAUUUUAAAUUGUAAAUAUUUUUACAGAAGAUAUUGCCCAUGUAAGUGUGUUUAAAUAUGUACUUUGCCUUACAUACGUGUAUCUUACAUUACUGGUAACAAACCUGCUAUGUCUGUUUACAAGCUAUUAAAUUCCUCUGGUGGCUCUGACUUAUUCUAACACAUUUUGCUCAGAACAACUCAUUCAUAUAUUUAGCAUUUGAACCAUUGUUUUCUGUUCUGGAAGACAUCAUGCAAACAUUUGUAACUAAAGUUGUAUUGGGUGGGACUAGUUAAAUGGAAGGGAUUUUGUUUGAAGCUUUUUCAGUAUUUUGGAUGUACAGUUGAUGAAGUAAGAGAAUGUGAAUGGUAUAUCCUUUGUGCAAUGAGUGACAAACACUACAAGUUGGACUGGACAGUAGGUAGCCUUCAACCCCAUUAGUAUCUGAGUUUGGAACUGCUGGUGUAUUUUGACUCCCACCACUAAGAGGAUAACUAACCCUGAGAUUCUAGCACUUGAAUUUUAGGCCAGCAUUAACAUAUUCCUGGAUGAAAAGCCAUGCAAUACUACUUGACUUGGAAGAAGCCAAAUAGGAAGGAGUGGAGACUAACUUGCAGCUCUGAUUACUCCAGCAAACUUUGGGUUGAUGAAUGACUUCACACGCCAGACCAAGAUCUGUGCUGAGACUUUGAAGUCAGGGUAUCAAAUAUACUGUAAUUCAGUAAGAUUUCAGCAGGGGUAAAGAAACUGCCUUGCACCAGUAGACCAGUACAUACCGCUAAUCUAGCCUUGUGUCAUUUGCUGGCACAGAUAAUGGAUGUCAGUAUCUCAUGUCACUAUUAAGCAGAAGAGAGGACUAGACCAAAUGUGCAUAUUCUCACUAAAGCCCGAAUUUUAACAUUUCAGCAUUUUACAAAGCAAUGCUGCAGUCUUCAUUGAAAAAAGGUGGUUUUAAUUGGUGGAUUUUAUCAAACACUUGAUUGACUUUUCGAUUUUGAAAGUCAGUUUAGAUGACGAUAUUGGGGGUUUUACCAUGGCUGCAUCAAACUGUUCUGUACGUUUCCUUAAGUUAAGUAAUUCAUCACUUGGGUAAGUUCAGCUUAAGUUUUAUAAGGAUUCUUUUCUCUGCUGUUCUCCCCUGAAAUACAGCGAAUGAGUUCCUGAAAAGGCAGACUGUGUUUACUAGAAAGCCUUUGUGCAUUACCAGUUUAUUGAUACCAGGAAAUCACGGGGCUCUGUGUUUAGAGAUUUACUGCAGAAGUGUGGAAAUAUGGAUUUGAUAAACUAGUGCCUAUGAUUUACUUAACUUAUGUUUGAUAUAGUAGUAAGGGUUUUAUGAAUGUGGAUUAAUUUUUGUGCCAACAGCUCAGAAUUGUUGUAUGUGUGUAGGCAGAAGGACUUGUUCUGCUUCCAAAGUUAUUUAAUUUUUUUGUGUUUGAAUGUUUUUGUAAGUGUUAAAAGUGUAAAAAAAAAAUAUAAAAUAUUCUUACCACAAAAUACUUCCUGGAUUAUUAUUUUUAUAACAAAUUGUUUUUAAAAGCUUUUAGAAAUUUAGAGGGGGUGUUUUAGAGCUUUUUUGGUUGGGUGGGUGGUUUUUCAAGAACCAUAUUCGCUUUGCCAGAAGGUACCAACAUCAGCUUCUGCCCCUGUAAUUCAUGAACUGAGUACAACGCCGUAUUUGGGUGAAAUCCGUGAUUUCGUUGACAGACUGAGGUAGACCUGUGUUGUGCCUCUGCUCUGGAAGGACAAUGCAUAAUUCAGAGUUCUGUGAAAAACUGUAUUCUGAAUUUCAUCCGGAGUGAUUUGUUUGUGCAAUUCUAAGUACACAAGCUGCCUUUCUAUUUUUACAGGAUUCGUGCUCACUUCAAACCACCACAUGAAAAAAAUUUUUCACUUUGGAAAUUCUGGAAUUUAUGCAAAAAAUUGAGCAAUGUAAAAGUGUACCUAGUAAGCCUUCUUUGAAUUGUUAAGUACACAUUUUAUGUAGCUCAUAUAUGAAUGCCUCUAUCUUUUGGCUCACAUACAAGCAAGAAGUUUGUUUUGAACUUGGUAACUUUCUGUAAUCUGCAUUUUGCUACAAAGCGACGUAUCUAAUAGUAAUGUGAAUGCCAUCUUUUUCCU